AUGCGAUACACAUCAGUAUUGAUAGUGUUGUCAUUGUUCCUUCAUAUGCUCACACCGUCAUUGUUGGCAAGCAUUAUUGGCGCUACUCAUCUUGAACAAUGCACACAGAGUGGUGAUCCAGAUGUACCAGGAGGAUGCAAGACCAUGAUGGUUGUUGAACUCACGAUUGAGAGUGGAAAGUCCACUGAAAGCGUGACAUUCAAAAAUGUGACAUUACUCAACAAAAGCACAGGUCAAAGUAUGACUGUGAUGAGCGAUGUCUCUUUGUCAUUGAGCAAGAUACAGGCCAGUCUGCAGGGUUCAUUGGUCUACUGGUCCAACUUCCCUUCUGGUUUGGAUGAGUACACCAUCUUCGGCACCGACUAUUUAGUCACGGACUCAUGUCGCGACCGUCCAGAUGUACACACUUGUCCCACAGUGAUCGAUCUGGACACUGGCAAGCAGGUGCCAUACAGCGAGGGAACAUGCUGCAGCUGUGGACUAAUGCCAACUUUUGGCUACACACAACGUUCACGCGCCAACCUCAAGUGCGACCUCUUUGGCAGUCAGUCCGCCGCCGCCAACUGCAUGCGCAUGAGUCAACUUCAGUACCAAGCCUACAAGAUCGAGCCACCCAUUGUAUUCUAUACCAUCACUGUCACAAUGAACUACACCGAUGUCAAUGGCUACAAGGUAUCCAACGAGUAUAUCAUCUCGCCAAGCAACCCAGUCAUCUCUGCCGAGGGUAUUGUCAUCAAGCUCGAAGGUGACUUUUCCCCACCCCAAGUGUACAGGACGUUUGAGAGCAGCAUCUUUGUUGUUCCAGACCCCAAAACCGACCCCAGCAACCCACGCCACAGCAUGCCAAUGGCCACCUCCAGCUUGGUACUCCCCAAUGGAUACUUUACCUCGUCCUCCUCAGUUUGUAGUAAGAUUGGCACUGGCUACAAGGCCUACUACACACAGCCCAACUUCUGUAUGGCCGAGGCUGGGUCAUGUAUAGACGGACAAAUCGACGACUACUGGAAAGAGGACAUGGCAAAGAAGGACGCGAGCAAGGCCACCCAGUACUUGCUGUCAACUUUCAAUCCCGACUCCAAGUUGAUAAACGCCAAUGGAAACCUAAUGUUGAACAUACCCAUCACUACCAUCCAUAAUUCAUUUUUGACGAUCAAGGCCGCUACAGACGGCCUCACACUCUACAUCAAUCAAAGUCCCGGCAAGAUUCUCGAAGGAACUGGCCUCGAAACAUUUGGGGCCAUGUCCAAUGAUGGCAUACUCAAGGUGGUGGCGACCAACAAUGGAACACUCAUAUCCCGGUACUAUGUCUUUGCGGAUGAUUGCUCUCCAGGCAUCACCCCGAUGCCCGCGCAGGUGUUCACAAUGGAUCCCAGUGAGAUCAAAGUCUUGACGUUCAAGGUUCACACAAAGUCCACCGACCUAUCCCAGUACCAUUGCAAGGUUAGUUUAACCGGAGAUGAUGGUAGAGUUUUAGACUGGAGGAUUGUCUACUUCAACACGACGGCAACCAUCAUCAAAAGCAACAACUACACCGAUCCCUACGAUCCAAAGGUAAUCGAUACCACCUCCAAACAGUCAUGCUCAGAUGUCUGUACAAAUGACAAGUAA